UUGGAGAAUAGGAGCUCACAAACCCUCCUCUCCCAGCGAACCCUCUUCCUUUCCCGAGGAGCCGCCGCCUCCCCCACCAGGCCACCAUCCCGAUGGCGACCACCGCCGGCUAGGAGUCUGCAGCGUGUGCCUCGUCCUACUCCCAUCUUAUCCUCCGUCUUCUCCUCCCCAUCUUCUCUGCCGCCUCCUCCCAUCUUCUCUGCCGCCGUCCAUCUCCGAACUAGGGGCACCUCAAGGCAUCCGGCUUGACCCCAUUCUUCUGCGCCCCAUUCUCCAUCAUCUCCAGCAGCGCAACGACGAGGGAGUAUCCAGGCCCUGCCUUUCUUCCCAGUCGAGCCACUGCCGGCCAUCUCCGACCCAGUCGCCGCCGUCCAAACUCCGGCUCAACCCGAUAUUCUCUGCCACGCUUUCCGUCGUCUCCUGCAGUGCAGCGACGAGCUAUUCAUUUCAGAGUUGCAUUGGGAAACUUGCGGCGGCGGAUGAAGUGAACAAGUGGCUUGGAAAGCUGAGCGGGCAGGUCUACUGGAAGCCUCUUGGUCGGUGGAAGAGGCUUGCCGGCCUGAGGGCGGUGAGCACAAAGAUGGCUGGGCCGGUAAAGAACGUAUACAAGCGUGGGGAAGGUCGUUUCACAUUGUACCGCAAAUCUUGGUCUUACCGUAGACGGCGUCAUCACCGACGUUUGAUCCUUUCAGAUACACGUGAUCAGGGUCUAGACGCGACUUGCUUAUACAAUGCAAUUUGUGGUGUUAUGGAGGCAGAACUUUGUAUGCAAGGAAUUAUUGUAAAAUUAUCUGUUGAUCAUCUGGCGAUGAUGGCCAGUGACUGGAUUUCAUGUGCAUCUGGACCUCAGCAAAGAUGCCUGUCCACAGAGCUGCCUACAAUUCUUAACAAUUUGGCAUGUGUAGGAAUUUAUACAGAUGAUGAUUACAAAAUGGGCUGUGUCACUGGGACUAGGUACAAGAUCAGAAGUUAUGAGCAACUAAGCUGGUUCAAAUCUACUACACCAGGCGCAGUUCAUAAGCUUAGGGAAAGGGGACCAUUGCUGGCAGUAAUUCAGAUCAGCUCAAAUUUUGUGUCAGAUUUCCUGUCGGGAAGAGUUUAUUGGUUUGAUAAAGCUAAGUGUUCUAAGGGUCGACAAAUUCCUACCCAUGCUGUUAUCUCUACAGGGUAUGCCAUUGAUAAUCUUUUACCAAUUUGGGAAAUGCAAAAUUCACAUGGAGAAGUUGGCGUCGAAAAAGGUUUUGGGUAUUUCGAUUUUGACAGUUUAGUAGGUCUAUAUUCAUUAAAUAUAGACGUUUGACCUCAUUCGCAUGUCAUUAGUACAUUAUGAGAAACAUGUCCAAAUUAAAGUAUUUGUUUUAAUUGUAUUGCUAUUUUUAUGGACAGUUAAAUUAAUUUUAGGUCCGCAGGAUUUGAUACUUGCUGUUUCUUAUUUGGACAUUAUGAUUGUUUGUGACUGGUCU